GAGCAUGUUUCAAACGGCAAAUCUUAAUGACAGGUGGUUGAAAAGACCCGGGAGAAGUGGGCAGAGGCUGCUGGAAGCUAUAGCAGAGGAAUAGGCUUGAUGAAGAAUGGUCAAGAUGCUGCCCUGCCAUCGAGUGGAAGUUUGAGAAGCCUAAAGGCGAAAAAGAUAAAAAAGGACCCGGAAGUAAGAAGCAACCCUCAAGCACGUGAUGGAAGGCUCACGGGUACUGUCACGUGACCCCCAACCCGCUAGUCUACUUUGCGGAGAGUUCAGCUGCUCUUAAAGCUAGCUCGGAACACACGCUGACUUUGGACCCUUUGGGGGACCCGAACUCAAUGUUAUGGGAAGUUCUGCGGGCUCGUGGAGGCGCCUUGAGGAUUCUGAGAGGGAGGAGACCGACUCAGAGCCCCAGGCCCCUCAGUUGGAUAGUCGGAGUGUCCUUUGGAAGAAUGCAGUGGGUUUCUGGAUCUUGGGUCUUUGCAACAAUUUCUCAUAUGUGGUGAUGCUGAGUGCUGCCCAUGACAUCCUCAAGCAGGAGCAGGCAUCUGGAAACCAGAGCCAUGUGGAACCAGGCCCAACAGCCACACCCCACAACAGCUCAUCUCGAUUUGACUGCAACUCGAUCUCCACAGCUGCGGUACUCCUAGCAGACAUCCUUCCCACCCUUGUCAUCAAACUCCUGGCGCCUCUUGGCCUUCACUUGCUGCCUUACAGCCCCCGGGUGCUCCUCAGUGGAGUUUGUUCUGCUGGGAGCUUUGUUCUGGUUGCCUUCUCUCAGUCAGUGGGGUUAAGCCUGUGUGGAGUGGUUUUGGCCAGCAUCUCCUCAGGGCUAGGGGAGGUCACCUUCCUUUCACUGACUGCCUUCUACCCCAGUGCUGUGAUCUCAUGGUGGUCUUCGGGUACCGGGGGUGCAGGGCUUCUUGGAUCGCUGUCUUACCUGGGACUCACCCAGGCUGGCCUCUCCCCGCAGCACACCCUACUUUCUAUGUUGGGGAUCCCUGUUCUGCUGCUAGCCAGCUAUUUCUUGUUGCUCACAUCUCCUGAACCCCUGGACCCUGGAGGGGAAAACGAGGCAGAGACUGCUGCCCGGCAGCCUCUCAUAGGCACCGAGACCCCAGAGUCAAAGCCAGGUACCAGCUGGGACCUCUCCCUCCAGGAAAGGUGGACAGUGUUCAAGGGUCUCUUGCGAUACAUCAUCCCUCUGGUGCUGGUCUACUUUGCAGAAUACUUUAUCAACCAGGGACUUUUCGAGCUCCUGUUUUUCCGGAACACUUCCCUAAGCCAUGCUCAGCAGUACCGAUGGUACCAGAUGCUCUACCAGGCUGGCGUGUUUGCCUCGCGCUCUUCUCUCCAAUGUUGCCGAAUACGGUUCACCUGGGUCCUAGCCCUGCUCCAGUGCCUCAAUCUGGCCCUCCUGCUGGCAGAUGUAUGCUUGAGCUUCCUACCCAGCAUCUACCUCAUCUUCAUCAUCAUUCUGUAUGAAGGGCUCCUGGGUGGGGCCGCUUACGUGAAUACCUUCCACAACAUUGCUCUGGAGACCAGUGACAAGCACCGAGAGUUUGCCAUGGAAGCUGCCUGUAUCUCUGACACCUUGGGAAUCUCCCUGUCGGGGGUCCUGGCCCUGCCUCUGCAUGACUUCCUCUGUCACCUCCCUUGACAGGAGUUGCUCAGCACACACUGAUCUGCAGGCACACGGGCAGACCACACAUCUUCGAGCUCUGCCACAGCCCUUCCCUGCCCCACUGCAGCAAGGAGCCCCUGAUGUUUCCCACUCCUGAGCUGGCCUCAGAGUUUUCUCCUACCCUCUGCCCUUCUAAUAAAUGCUUAUUUUAACAGUU